ACCUCGUUUCAACCACACGAGAGUAGUACGAGGGCUUGAUUAUUUUUAACUGCCAUAGGUGCGGUCGGAGACUGAACUCGGUACUUGAGAACUGAUGCAAGCUUUAUAUCAACUGCUUAAAAUGGGUGAUGCAAAAUCAUUUGUGGAUUCCAAAAUUGCAAGCAAGAAAGUAAUGAUUUUCUCCAAACAGGGCUGUCCGUAUUGUAGCAAAGCGAAGAAUACGUUUUCUAAAUAUCUAGGAGACGUUCUCUCGAAUGAUGACUAUGAAGUUAUUGAAAUUAACGAAUUAACCAACUGUUCUGAUAUUCAGGAUUACCUACAAAAACUUACUGGUGCAAGAUCGGUACCAAGAGUGUUUAUCAAUCAGAAAUUUGUUGGGGGUGGAGAUGAUGUUGUUGCUAAAGAUAAAAGUGGAGAACUGAAGAUAUUGCUGAAUGCAUGAAUAAAGAAAAGUCUUUUAUAGUCAUUUCUGUUUUAUAAAUAUUAUGGCAAGGGAUAUUAUAAUCAGUUGAAUGAAACUUUUUAAAAGUUUUAUCUUUAUAAAAGAAAUUACUCUGACACAUUGAAUGUUUGUCUACUUAAAGCUGGCCUUAUGUGGUUAAAUAAUGCCUUCUGCUAUAAAACCACAUUAUUUCAAUUUUUUUAAAGUUCCUCCUUGCAGAAUCUUUCAGGGUAAAAGAAUCAUUAUCUUAUGAUAUUUAUGCAUAAACAUACAAUAAGUGUCUGUGUGCAAUUGUUCCAUAUUUAAAAUAUCAUAAUCUACCCAAAUAAAGAUGAUUUCUCUAAAUAUUUUUUAGUUAAUAUUUUACUGUUGUAGAUUUAUGUUUAUUUUCUCUCUAAACAUUUGCAUUCAAACAUUUUCAAUGUGUUGGUCAUUAUGAUUAUGUUAUCACUGACUACUGCCUCUAAAUUUUCACACAUCUAGAUAGAUGUCACACUUAUUUAUUGCAUAUUUUAUCACAUGAUUUACAAAUCUUCGUCUUUAUGCAUUAAAGCAAUA